UUCAGCUUUUUCACAAUCAAAAUAGAGUAAUUUAUUUACCAAAUAAAAAUGGAAUCGAAACGAAAUAGAAGUAAUUAUGGAAAGUGCCGUUGCUGUUUAACUAAAGGCUAUCAUAAAGAUAUAAUGAAAGAGUAUUACCACGACGGUAUACGAGAGGUUUACUUCGAUCUAUUCAUGGAAUGUUUCAACAUGUUUUUGUCGACAAACGAAAAGCUAACAACAUUAAUAUGCAAAUCAUGUAUUACAAAGCUAAGACAUGCAAGCAGUUUCAAGUUAAUGGCUGAGAAUACAGAGAAGCAGCUACUAGAUGAAUUGGUACUCAGAGAUGACAAGAAUACCGUGUUUGUUAAUGUGCCAGUAGAAGACGCAAUCUUAGAUGAUGAUCUAAUAAUAAAAGCUGAAGAGCUGACAGAGGUUAAAGAGGAACCACCAGACUCUGAACCUAUGGAAACGGACUUUGAUACCGAUUAUAUCGACAAUGACAGUGAUGUAACAACGAAAAACCAUUCGGACACGGAGAAAAUGGUGAAAGGCGAAUCCGAAUUGUUGGCUCGCUUCGACCGAACCGAAUUGAAGAUGUUGCCAACUAGAAGGGCCCUACGAGAUCUGUGCCCCAACUACGUCAGACACUUGGAGCUGCUGAAAGGUAUAGAAGUCGUACCGAGAAUGGUGAGGAAGUUACUACAGGAGAACACCAGAUUAACGAACAGCAAAAGAGUAUACGUAACCGAGAAGGUGGCGCAGAUCGUGAACUCGUCGACGCUACUGGAAAAUUCCAAUAUGACCCCGUUCAGGAGUAGGGCCCGUAACGGCUACCCCUGUUUCUAUUGCAGAAACGUAUUCGAGAACCUAGAGAAACUUCGAGAACACACGGCGAUGCACAAGAAAAACGAAAUCGCCCGAGUCCUAAGGACAUACGGCUCCGAAUGUUUCCUGGUCAACGUCGACGUGACCGAUUUGAUGUGCACGAUAUGCGACAAGAAAAUGUCGAACGUGAACGAAUUAAAAUCCCACCUCAGCAAGGUACACGAGAAGAAAAUCUACACCGAAUUCUCGGACAAAGUCGUGCCAUACAAAUUGUCGCGCGAUAACUUCGAAUGCCAAUUCUGCGGGUGCAACUUCGAAACGUUCGGCGCUAUAGAACGCCACAUGAACGUGCAUUUCCGGAAUUACGUCUGCAAGGAGUGCGGCGCCGGUUUCGUCACGAAAUACAGACUGAAAGUGCACGUGAAGGGCCACUCGGACGGGGUGUUUCCGUGCGAAAUGUGCGGAAAGAUCUUCACUACGCAACAGAAACACAAAAACCACGUCGACACCGUUCACAAAAUGGUCAAGCGCUUCAAGUGCACCCAGUGCCCGGAGAGGUUCACCGAGUACUUCAGGCGACAGAGGCACAUGGUCGAAGUUCACGGCGUGGCCCCACUCCAGUACAGGUGUAACGUUUGCGAUAAAAUAUUCGAAAGGCGAUAUACACUGUCGAGGCACAUGAAGAGGGAUCAUCUAGAGGAACGCGACUUCCAAUGCGAAUUGUGCUCUUACAAAUGCUUCUCCAACAACGAACUGAGCAUGCACAUGAUAAAGCACAACGGGGAGAGGAUUUACGAGUGUUCGGUCUGUAAGAAGUCGUAUGCGCGCAAGAAAACUUUGAGCGAACAUAUGCGAAUCCAUAAUAAUGACCGGAGGUUCGCGUGCGCGGUCUGCGGUCAGGCUUUUGUGCAGAAAUGCAGUCUAAAAGGACACAUGAAGACGCACCAUCUCGAAUAUAAUAUACCUUGAGGUUGUAAUUGUAAUGUCACAAAACCUGUGACCGUUAGUGGCGUGGACAUAGCCUAAUGAAAGUGACCACUUGAUUAUUUGGUCGUACUCAGAGACUCCAUAGGUAGGUACCACCUUUGUACUGAUCUGUUGAGGUUGAAGUUCAACCUCAUACCUCAUUGCGGGCGGCAGUAUCCACAUUGUGAUGUCUAUGUGGGCCAAUAUCUGUUUAACAUUAUGUGGCCUAUGACAUCUGCAUACCUGCGAUCAAAUUACUGAAGUUCUGUUAUGUGUGAUGAUAUUCUAACUACAUAAAUUAAAUUAUUGUAAAAUCUGUAUUUUUGAAAUAAAAGUCACCAGUGAUUUAUAAGAACUUUGAUUUAUUGUAUUCCAUUACAGAUAUGUAGUAUACAUUUUUAAGGUUUUACAUAGUAACUGAACUCUAAAGAUCACUAAAUGUAACUAUACUGAGAUCUUUGAACUUAUACCUCAAGGUGGGUGGCGCAUUUACGUUAUAGAUGUCUAUGAGCUUUAGUAACCACUUAAAAUCAGCUGGGCUGUGAGCUCGUCCACCCAUCCAAGCAAUUAAAAAAAAAUUAAACAUUGAGAAUCACUUCAAAUAUGAUGGCCAUUGGUGGCAGACUCGUGAUGUCCGACCAUAAUUAAGAUAUGAAUUAAACCUACUAUAACUUUUCUAUAGACUGUAACAGAUUUAAAUAUCAGCUGAAGCACGUGAUGCCAGUAUUUUAAUGUUUUAGUUAGUAUAGCAGUUAUAGAGAGACAAAUAUCUUAGCAAUCUAUGGAUUCAUUGUGUGGGAUCAUCAUAUUGUUGACAGAGUAAUUCAGUGAUCUUGCGACUAGUGUAGGUUUAUAAGUAAAACUAAACAUUAGAAGUUAAAAGCCAUUAGGGCAACAUCACCACCAACAAUAGGUGCAACAUCAGUGAAACAAUCCGAACCGAUACACCUCUGUUUGAAUUUAAAUGGAAGUGCCCUGAGAAAUUGUUUGAGAUCAACCUUUAAUCACCUUUUUUUUUUACCACGACACCUCCCACUACCGGAGCAGAGUUCAUACACAAUAUGUGAAACAGUUGUCUUCUGUCAUUGACAGUCCAUUUUCAAAGAUCUUUUCUACCACCUACCAACUCGUCCUGGAAUGAACUGUUCUCCUGUUUCCUAAAGCUCUAAUACAUGUCCUUCUACAAUCGAGGUUUCACGAGAAGAACUCAACAGUAGACAAAGACUACUGUUGAAUACUGAAUGGGGACAAUGUCGAUUGGCAUUACUGACAUAAAUUAGUGAAGAUAACCACACACUAUAAGGUGGACUGUAUGCUCGCCUGCUUAUAAAGAUAAUUAAAAUAAAUAAUAGUUUAAAAAAAACUAACAAAAUACGCUUUUAUAGAAAAUCCAACUAAAAAAUAGAAAAUAAAU